GUCAAAAUAUUUAAGAAGGUGUGCAUAUUAAUACUUUAAUAAAUACAAUCACAGAUAUAUAAAAUACUAUCUCUGAAAACCAUCUGUUCAGAGUAAUGUCACAUUCCACCGAAUAUUGUUAUUGUUACUUUCAUAAACAAAGCAAUGUUAUUCGAAUAAAGUGCCAAUAAAAGAUCAUUCCGAAGUCAAUUUGAAAGGUCGCAUGGAGUUAUAAUUAAUUUAAUUGCUUUAAAUUAAAAGAGGCAAUGACCACAGCAAACCAGGAGACAGUGUAUGAAGGAUGGCUCACCAAAUCUCCGCCUACAAAACGUAUUUGGAGGGCGAGGUGGAGACGCCGUUGGUUUGCCCUGAAGCAGUCAGGUGAACUUCCAGGACAGUAUUUUUUAGAAUACUUUACAGAUAGAAAUUGUCGUAAAUUAAAGGGAACUAUUGAUUUAGACCAAUGUGAACAGGUCGAUGCUGGAUUAAGAUUUGAAAGAAGAAAGCAAAAGUACCAAUUUAUGUUUGAUGUAAAGACACCAAGCCGAACUUAUUAUUUGGCUGCAGAUAAUGAGGUUGACAUGAACCGUUGGGUAGAUUGCAUUUGUCGAGUGUGUGGAUUGAAGGCUGAUGAAGACAUUCCUAUAGUUCCAAACUAUUACAACUGUGGACCAAAUGCUUUUUCAAAUGCUCCAAGUAUUGAACAUAAUGAAGAAGAACCAGAUGAGAAAUCACCAACAGAAAGUGAUGUGUCAGGUCCCUAUAUUCCUAUCUCAGAAUGUUUCUCUGGAAAGCCAUUGCCAUUCCAUAUUUCGAAUGAGGAAAUGAGUUAUCUUCCAACAUAUACAAAUGAACUUAGUCCAAUGAGUCCUACAUCCAUGCCUCCAAGCUACACUGAAACUAUGGAUUCCACAUUGAACACAUGCAAUCCUAGGUUUUACGAUUCACCACGUAAAGCUAGACCAUGCAGUAAUUUAAAUUUUACAUUAUAUAGCAAUGGUAGCAUGAGUGGUGAGCAACAUGUUGCAAGUAUGACAUUGCCAAAAAAUCAUGGUAGAAGUUCUGGAAAUAUUUCAUUUAAUAGUAAAAAUGGUAAAAUUAAGACUAGACCACCUGAUUUAGUACUAGAACUCAGAAAUUAUAGCUCUCGAAAGGAUAAAGCAAGUCCUACAGAUUCUGAGAGUGUUUUCACUGAAGAUGAAUGGUCUCACCCUAUAUUUCCUCCAGAAGCAGGACCGAGGCCAUCCGAUAGUUCUAUUGAAAAUGAAUUAGUUGCAAUAAGUGCUAAUCAAAGAUUUAGCAAAGUUCCAUUGCAAAGUUUAAAACCUGUUAAUACUUCAAGUGGAAUUUCUGUAAGUUCAUCUAAUUUGAAUGUUGAAUCAAUAACACCACCUCCAAGGCCUCCUAAACCAAUUCAAUUUCAAAAAGAAAGCGAACAUGGUUAUCUUAACUUAGAUAAUAUAAAUAAAUCAAUUGAAAAUAUAUACAUGAAUAAAAGUUCAGUUUCACCUCUUAUUGGACCUCGAACUGCAAGUACAAUUGUAAUGGAUGAAUUUUAUGACAUACCACGCUCACAUCAGGAUCCUAAAGCUAUAAUUAAUGGUCGCCAUUGCUACACAAAUGCAGCACCUUCGCAAGUGCAAGAUGGAAAUAAAUCAUUAAUUUUUACAUAUGAUUUUGACAACUCUAGGCAAGAUAUUUCAAAACCUGAAGAGAUGAAAGAAGCAUUGUCUGUUGAAAAUCAAGGGACGAGUAUCCAAAAGAAUCUAAGUGAAAACUUUUCAAAAGUUACAGAUGAUGCUUAUAAUAAUUCAUCAGCUCCAGCUGUAGAUCGUGGCACAAAACCUCGUCAAAACACAAGUUCACCACCGAGUGUUAAUAGGAAAUUGAAGCCAACUUUACCAAAGGCAAAUGUGAAAGCUAGCACUUCCUCGGGGUUUUUAACUAAACCUGAGCAAUACAGUGGAGCCACAUUACGAAAUCACCGAGCUGCUCCAAGUCCCACACCGCCAAAAACUGAUGCUUCUGAUGAUGAGAAUACAAUUUUCACUGAAGAACAGAUCUAUUUCUACAGUGUGGGCAAUAAGUUUAUUCCUGCCAUGCCCAUUGACAAUGAAAAUAUUCAGUAUUUAGAUCUUGACUUAGAUACUGAUGGAACCAGCAAUACUUUACCUCCAAAGUCGCCUGGAUCCAGCACCGUCUAUAAACAAGUUGAUUUUGUUAAAACAGAGGCUUUUAAAAUUACAAAACAGUCUGCCGAAAAAAGCAGAACUGAGAAACAAAACAAAGAACUGAAAAAGGAUACAUGAUAAACUAAUCAUAUGCUGAAAUUUUAUAAAGUGGUAUUGAAUAUCAAUAUGAUCAAUAAUUUUAAAAUAUUCUAUCUAAUAUCUUUUCUAUAUGUGCCGAAAAAAGCAGAACUCAGAAGCAAAAUAAAAAAGAAUACAUGAUAAUUGACCCCUACUUACAUAUCAAAAUGUUAAAUAAUUUUCAAAUGUUCUAUAAUAUUUUUUCCAAAUAUUUUUAAUUAUGCUGAGAAAAGCGGAACUCAGAAGCACAACACAGAACUGAAAAAUAAUACAUGUUAAAUUAUUCAUGUUAUUAAAUAUCAAAAUGAUAUUAUGACAAAAGAUGACAUAUUUUUAAAUAUAUUAAAGCCUUAUAGAACAUCGUCUAUGCAUGAUUAGUACAAUUGUAUUAUAGAUACUUUAAGUUAGGAUAU